CAACUAAUUAAGCAACUUUCAUCAAAAUGCAAACACAAGAUUCGGGGCUCUCACUGAGCUUCAAUUGUUACUCUUCUAAUACUUUAACAUCCAAUGCAAUUGCCAAAGUCAUUCAUGAAGAACACGCUGCAGCUCGAUUUCAAAAGGUUGAAAAGGAUUUUGAGUUUUUGGUGUUAAGUGGCGAAGAAGAGACCAACUUACAACGUUGGACUACUUUUCCUGUUUUCGAUCGCGGUCUUCUGUUAGAUGAGGAGGAGGAGGAGGAGGAGGUGCAUCACAAGAAUUAUGUUGAUGGUUCUGUUUCUAUUACAAGUUCUUUGCAAAAGCUAUUUUUUGAUGAUCAAGAAGAAUCAGCUUCCAAUUCAUCAGAAGACGACGAAUUGGAAAAUAUGUCAUCCAAAACUUUCUGCCUGUGGAGGCCAAAGGCAGAAAGCGGAACCAUACCAAAAUGUAAAAAGAGUAGUUCCACAGGAUCAACUGGAUCGAAGAAAUGGAAAAUCCGGUGUUCUUUCAAGAGGAGCAAUAGUGAAGGCAAGGAGCCCAAUAUUGUGUUGCUAACUACUACUCCUAAUAAUAACAAUAAUAAUAAGAGGACUGAUAGUACUACUAGUCCAAAACAAAAGCGGAUUUUUGGCAAGUCGUUAAAGGCGCAAACUCCAGUUCAUGAAUUGUUUUAUGUGCAAAGACGGGCAGAGAAUGAAAUGGCCAAAAAGAAAUCGUAUUUACCAUACAGAAAGGAUCUUGUUGGUUUGUUUUCAAAUGUCAACGGCAUGAGCAAAAUGCUCCCCUUCUAGUUUAGGUAGCUACUAUGUAUGAUCAAACUCGAUUUUGGCUAUUUUUAAUUCCUUUUUAACUUUCGUUAGUUUGAUCCUUACAAGCUCAAUUCAUUGUCAUUGUAAAU